AUGGGGGCGGCGGCGGCUGCGGCGGCGGAGCUGCAGCGUCAGGCGCAGCAGCCGCCGCAGCAGGCGGUAGUCUCUCACCCUCCGGAGACGGCCUCGCAUCCUCCGGCCGCCUCCAACGCCUCCGUCGGCAGGGCGGCGUACCGGCUCACGCGCGAGCUGAUCCGCUCGCGCUGCAACGCGCACAACAUCAUCCUCGUCACAUUCGUCAACUUUCAGCGCUGCGACUACGGGCUCACCUGGUCGGGGCACGUCGUGCGCCUCGGCCUGUCCAACUACCUCGUGGGCGCGAUGGACGGCAAAGCGCUCGAGCUGCUGGCGAGCAAGAAGGUGCCGACCUUCGACAUGGAGUCGGGACUUACCACUGCGGACUACGGCUGGGGCACGAAGAACUUCCGCAAGCUCGGCUUGCGGAAGUGCGAGCUCAUCCUCUCUCUCCUCUCCGCCGGCGCCGACCCAAUCGUCACCGACGCAGACGCGCUCAUCACGCGCGACCCGACGCCGUUUGUGAUGCGGCUGCGGCCAGAGGCUCAGGUGCUCGUCACCUCCGACCACCUGAUGGCCACCGACGACGCCGCCGCCGAGUCGCUCGAGCUCCCGAAGAGAGCCUCGUCCUCCGCCUGGAACAUCGGCUACUUCUACCUCCACCACUCCGCCCUGCCGGCCAUCGCGCACUGGAAGAGGAUGUGCGAGGAGCACCCCGACCUGUGGGACCAAAACCUGUUCAAGGACGUCUUCAAGAUUGGGCGGCUUCGCUUCGAGACCAGCGGCGCCGACGCCAUCCCGCAGGCCGAGGUGGACAAGCGCCUCUUCCGCGGCUACAACGGCACCGUCACCAUCGGCAUCCUGCCCGUCGCAACCUUCUGCGGCGGCCACACCUAUUUCGUGCAGCGCAUGCCGCAGCGGCGCGGUGUCGUGCCCUACUCGGUCCACACGACCUUCCAGUACUCUGGCGCCGUCGGCAAGACGCACCGGCUGCGCGAGGCGAUGCUCUGGGCGGACGACGCCGCCUACUUCGACCCCCCCGGCCGCUCCUUCCUCACGUACGUCCCGGUGGUGCGGCGCGAGCUGCUGCGGCCCGCCGGCGUGAUGGGCGUGGCGGCGCACUUUGAGGUGGUCCACCACCAGCUGGUGCAGCUGCGAGCCGCCUUUCUGCUCGCGGCGCGCCUCGGCCGUCUGCUGAUCGUGCCCCCGCUGACGUGCGGAGUCGACCGCUUCUGGGCGCCCCACAACGGCACCAUCCCCGGCUCGGACACGAGGCUGCCUGUCGAGCCUUGCCCGCUCGACCACGUGCUCGACCUCGAGAACGGGAUCUCGAAGCACGCGCUGCCCGACUCGAGGCUCGCGAGGGACCCGGCAGGCCGCCCGCUCGGCGGCCUCGAAGGCGUGCUGCGAGAGUUCUCCUUCCUCAACAACUCGCGCACCCCGGACGCGGUCCGCCAGUCGCUCGCUUUCCCCGACCCGCCCGCCGACCUCUCCGCGGCGUCGCUCGCGCCGCUCGCCGCCGCCACCGCGCGCGUGCUGCACUUCGCGCGGAUGCCGGACCUGUACGCCACGCUGCCGCCGGCGGACGCGACGCGCGUGCGGCAGGAGAUGAUGUGGUACACCACGCUUUGGUGCUGCUCCAAACCCGCGGCGCCAAAGACCCCGGGCCACAUCUUUUACGACAUGUUUUUCGACGUGGUGCCGCACACGGACAAGUCGCGGAGAGAGUGGACCGAGCCGUGGACGCCAAAGUUUGGCCCCUGA